UUUGUGAUCUGAGGACAUUUUUUCCCCUUCUUUCUCUAGGUGUAUUUCUAAGAAGAAGAAUAUUGGCUAUGAAGAGGUGUAUGUGGUAAUCUGUUUCUACUCAUUCAACUGAAGAAAAUGAAGAUACGCUUUGGCUCUUCAGAAUCCUUUAUGACCACUGUUGGGUAAAUGAGCAAUGGUCAUAUGAUUAUGCUGACACCCCAGCAUGCAUUUGGUAGACCUGUGGUUAACUCGUUCCCUCUCCAUGUGUCUGCUCUUACAAAGUUUUGUCCUCAUGAUACUGUGCUUUCAUUCUGCCAGUAUGUGCCCAAAAGGCUGCCUUUGUUCUCAUUCUGGAGGCUUAAAUGUCAGUUGUAGCAAUGCAAAUCUCAAGGAAAUACCCAGAGAUCUUCCUCCAGAAACAGUCUUACUUUAUUUGGACUCCAACCAGAUAACAUCCAUCCCAAAUGAAAUUUUUAAGGACUUGCAUCAACUGAGAGUCCUCAAUUUAUCCAAAAAUGGCAUUGAAUUUAUAGAUGAACAUGCCUUUAAGGGGGUGGCAGAAACCUUGCAGACUCUGGACUUGUCCGACAACCGGAUUCAAAGUGUGCACAAAAAUGCAUUCAAUAACUUAAAAGCCAGAGCCAGAAUUGCAAACAAUCCUUGGCACUGUGACUGUACGCUGCAGCAGGUCUUGAGGAGCAUGGCUUCCAACCAUGAGACAGCCAACAAUGUCAUCUGUAAGACUUCUGUGUUAGAUGAACAUGCUGGGAGACCAUUCCUCAAUGCUGCCAAUGAUGCUGACCUCUGUAAUCUUCCUAAAAAAACUACUGAUUAUGCCAUGUUAGUCACCAUGUUUGGCUGGUUCACCAUGGUGAUCUCUUAUGUGGUUUAUUAUGUGCGACAAAAUCAAGAGGAUGCAAGGAGGCACCUUGAGUACUUGAAAUCCCUGCCAAGCAGGCAAAAGAAACCAGAAGAAGCUGAUGACAUUAGCACUGUGGUAUAGUAUCCUGAAUAUACUGACUGACUUUGAGAUGGAAAUUAGAUUUGGAUGACACUAAAACCAGAGGUUUACUUCUAACAUUCAUUGUAAACAUUUAAGACUUUUUCAGUUUACCUGAAUUUAUGCCACUGUUGAUCUUUCUAAAGGAGAUUUUUGUUUGGGUGGUAUACCUUAAUUGUUUCUCUGGUGGUAUUCUAGAGCAAGUAAACUAAUAUGUAAACAUUAGUUAGACCCAUUCCACUAUUUAAUAACAAAAUUUAUUUUUUUAAUUUAAAACCAAAUAAAAGCUUAACUUUGAACCAUAUAAAACAGAGUAAUUUAUUCAUCAGAAACCUGUUUAGUGACCGAACCUGUUUGGUUUGUCAGUAUUUAUGAGGUUAAAGAUAGUAAUGAUGCUGUGAGUCCUAACAGUUUUUAUAGAAGGAGAAUCCCAGGAGCUCCAGUUCACACCCAGGGGCUGCACAUGAUUUACUCCUGGGGAAUCAAGUGAAGAGCUAAUGAGUAGCCCUCUUGUUGUUUGCCUUCUAAAAGUAAAGGGGCAUGGAUGUGGGGAGAGCAGGUAGGCAGUCAGCCCAUAAAGUUCUCAUGGGCUUAAGAAGCUGAAGACAUGAUGAAGCCGUGAGUUGCGUUUUGACUGAGCUAAGGAGCGGCAGAAGUGAAGAAGCCUGUGCUUCAGGACACCACAACAGUGGAACAGAUACGUGUUGGAUUGAAACCUAAGUCAAGAAAACAACUUGCAAGAUGAAAAGCUGGCUGCAAAAGGUUGUCUGCAACCUAGUGGAUGCUUGAAAGAGUGCAGAAAGCUUUCUUACUUGCAGAGCUGAUAGAGCUGCUCCACAUGAACAUUGUUCAAGACAUCAGUUCUCAGCCUUUUUCGUGGAAGCUGCGCUGGUUUUCACCAGACCAAGGCCUCAGGCUCCCGUUCAGUUGCAAAUUACGGAUUAGAAUGUAUACAAAUGAACAGGAGGCAAAAGGCACUAAUUACAAUGGAAAGUGGUACAUGGGCUUGCCAGGGAGCAGAGUUACUAGUCACAAAAGUCUAAUGCUCCAGUAUCAGUUUGAUGUUCCAGAUAUUUACACUGCAAUGUAAACUUUUCACUCUCUUUAAUGUUGUCAUCCUGAGUGGAAUGUUCCCAGAGUGGAAGUGAUGGGGCAAUAACUUAAGCCAGGGGCUUUCAACCUUUUUUGGUCAAUGUACCCACAGUGGCCAGUCGAGAAGCAGGUAGUCUCCCGGCGGCCGAUUGACAACCGGGGAGGGGAUGGGAAAAAACGGAAGUGUUGGCAAGGCACAGCACUUGGUGCCAGCAAAAACAAAAGUGCAAGUGGAAUGUGGUGCACAGCAGCGCAAAGUGCUGAGGGCCCCGCUUCUCUGUGCCACCGCCGCAUACCCCCUGGGGCAUUCCCAAGUACCCCCAGGGGUACGUGUACCCCGGUUGACAACCCCUGACUUAAGCCAUUACUUGCAUUCCCAUAAAAGAGAAGUACUCAAUUGCCAAGUGUUGUACAUCAUGCCUCUUCCUUAGCCUGCUAACUUUCCACACCUGCUUCAUCUACUUGUCCAUAAGGUGAGAAAGUCAGUGUCUCCAGCAUCACCAGUCCUACUCCAUGGCAUUCUGUCUCUAGGCAAUAUUCAACUAAGUAUUGAGGAUGAAGUCUUGUUUCCUUGGACCCUUGUCAGCAUUUUUUGUUAGUGGACACAGAAGGGCUCCAAGCCAUAGAAAUUCAGAGCUGCCAAAUUUUGUUCAGCUACAUGCAUGUCACUCCCCUUUGGUGAUGUGUCAGGGGGGCAUGUGCCCCCCCCCAGAUUUCUGCACCACAGCGAGGAAUGGGGCUGUCCAGAGCCAGGGCCCAGCAGCACUGGGGGUGGUGGUAGCACAUGAUAUCUGUGCCAACAGUAGGGCAUGGAGCUGCAGCCUGGUUGGACCCAACACCCGGCAGCAGUGGCCGUAUCAGUGCAGAGUAGUGCCCCCCCAACAGCAGCAGCAGUAGUGUGGAAUUGUACCCCCCUCACCGUCAGCACUUACAUACUGUCUACAUCACUCUCAGUCUGAGAUGUGCUGUUCAACAAGGUGGGAGCUAACAGAAGUCUAUCCCUUCAGGGUCCACUGAAGGGAGUAGGAAUUGGGAAAAAACCAGGUCAACAUGUGGGAAUUGGGGUGACUGGGGUGCUUGGAGAAGUCAGUGAAAAAUCCAGGUAUUAGAUGGAAUCAAGGCAGGUUGCAAGGGGGCAUGGGGACUCAGGGUGGCAACAAGCAUGUCUGUUGUCUAGGCCCUGAAAUCCCCCUCCAGAAAAUUUGAGAGAUUGGCAAGAUCUGGGAAAAGCUCUACUUCACUGCUCAUCCCCAUCGCUUUGGGUCUUCUUUCUUUUGCUUUCUCCCCGUUCUGUUUCUCACCCUAGCAAAGCAUAGCAAUCUGCUCCCUUGAAAAGGAACAUCAGUGUGUAGAGAAAACAGUCUUUGCACACAGUGCAGCUGUCCAGAAACAGUAAUUUUGCUGUCAGGAAGGAAAUUCCUGCAAUUAUACUGGAUAUAUAAUGUUCCAACAGUGCCAAUGUAAUCUGUGCUAGGAUAGCUAAGCAUGCAUCAUCCCCAGUACACAGUAUGUACUUUUCUGUGCAAGCGGAGAAAAGAGUCAUUAAACAUGCCCACAAUUUUCCUUAAAGCAUGUUGUACUGUACCUGGUAGUUUGCAUAAUUCCUAAAUUGCCUCAAUCUUUAGAAUUUGCAGUUACUUAACUUUUCUCUCCCCAUUAAUAGACCCCCCAACAUGGUAAAAAAGGAGAACCGGAUAAGUUAGAUGGCUUGCAUCUGCCUAGCAGAAGGCUGAGACAAGAGCAUUUGUAUGUGUUUAAUCAUAUCAACCUUUCAGAUCCCAGGCCCCCAUGCAGCAGUGAAGCACUCUGGCCUGGGAACAUUUCCCCCAGGCCAGGUCCCUACUGAGUAGGUUGGUAACAGAGGCUUCCUCAGCCUUGAAAACAGACACUUCAACAAAAUGCUUCAGCUGCUGCUCUUUCCCACCCAGCUGUUUGGUUGGUUCUCUGAUGAGUAGGAUGAUGAAUCUAAGGCCUAUGCACUUCAAGGCCAGCAGUAGAGUAAAUGCCUCAGUAGCCUUCCUGUCAGUUGGCAGGAAGGUAAGGUUCUAGUUGAGUGCUUAGACAAAGCAGCAAUUACUUCCAAAGGCCACAGAGCUAAUCAGCUGUCUCAGUUCACUACCUCUGUAGCAGCUCUCUGACUACCUGUCUCUUUCCUGACCGACCCCCAUCAGCUCUUAGGAUAAGCGAUGUUUUUCUCCAUUUUUCUUUUAAGUCAGAGAUGUUAAAGGCAUGUUCACACUCCAGUGUUCCACCAGGAGGGUGUCUAAACUGGCUGUAUGGACCUUUAGAAACACAGAGUACUUAGGAUGAGGAUGGGGGCAGACUGCUAACAGACCCAUCCUUUGCUGCUCCUUCAUUCACAUUCUUAUCUCCUAAAAACAAAAAAAAAGCUAACCGCCAUGAAACCAGCUGUCAAUUCUGUAAGGCCUUCUUGGAUGUAACCCAGAAUGUAGAAGGCCAUAGCCUCAGCUGCUAUUGCUUAGGGUAGCCCCAUCAGAAUCAAAAGAGCACUGUCAAUUUAAUACCAGAUCAAAACCUAUCCCAGAAAUUAUUUUAACUUGCUUAGCACAAAAAGCUUCAAUUAAGCUGAUAAGAACUCAAAAUAAGUGUCCCCAAGACAUCAGAGUGGUUCUUCAGCACAACUAGGAAUGACCUAGAUCAUGACAUUUGAUAAUUUAACGGGGAAAAAAAGCAUGAAGGAGGAAGAGGGGAGUCUCUCCUUUUUGGAUGCUCUCUUUAUACACUACAAAGUAAAAGGGACACAAUUCUAAUUUUUUGAAGUAUUCUUUGGAGAAAUCAGCUCUGAAAAGAGGCAAGGGCUGGUUUGGAUUAGCUGUAUAGUUUGGAGCUUUCAGGCCAGUUAUGGCUACAACACAUUCCAACUCUCCUGCCAGCUUUAGAGGGAGGCAUGUUUUGUCUAGAUCAGGGGUGGGCAAAAUGCGGCCAGCAGGCCAGAUGCAGUCAGAUUUAUCUGCCCCUGGCUGC